CCCUUUGUGUCAUUCCACAGCCAGCAGGAAAAGUGGAUCAUGGGUAUGGACCAGAGCCAAGAGAUUGAGGUACAGGCAGAGAAUUUCCAAGAGCCACGAGCUGAUGCAAGUCCUCAUGGGAACAUGCGAGAUAACCAAGUAGCAAAAGGCACUGGCAGAGUCCAGGCGAGAGCAUUGCAGCCACAGCCAGGGCAGCAUGGCAGGGCUCCACGUCCGCUCUGUUCUGGUGACUGGGGCAAACCGAGGCAUCGGCCUGGGGCUCAUCCAGCAUUUCCUGAGGAUGCCAAGCUCACCACAGUGGAUCUUUGCAGGCUGUCGGGACCCCAAGGGACAGCGAGCACAGGAGUUACAGAAUUUGGCCUCCAAGCACCCCAACAUCAUCAUCAUCCCGCUCGAAGUCGCCGACCCCGCCAGCAUCAAGGCAGCUGCAGCCAAGGUUGGGGAGCACCUGGGGGGCUCUGGGCUCAACCUCCUCAUCAACAAUGCUGGAAUUUUGAAGUUGAACACACUUGAUACCGAGACAUCAGAGGACAUGAGAGAGAUUUACACCACCAACACAGUUGGCCCCCUGCUGAUGGGCCAGGCGUUUCUGCCCUUGCUGAAGAAGGCUGCCCAGGGGAGCCCAGGCUCAGGGCUAAGCUGCAGCAAGGCUGCCAUCGUCAACAUGUCCAGCAUUGGCGGCUCCAUCACUUCUUGCUUUGGUUGGGAGAUGAUGCCAGUUGCCUCGUACCGCUGCAGCAAGGCUGCUCUGAACAUGCUGAGCAAGUGCCAGUCCCUGGCAUACAAGGAGCACGGCAUCCUCUGCGUCGCUCUCCACCCCGGCUGGGUGCAAACUGACAUGGGCAGCUCUGCCGGACACACGCCCCCUGUGACAGUGGAUGACAGCGUGCAAGGGAUGCUGAAGGUCCUCUCCUCCCUCUCUGAGAAGGACACCGGCGCCUUCCUGGACUGGGAAGGGAAGGUCGUGCCCUGGUGAGGCAUCACAUCAGGAUCCUGGCAGCCAAGAGGUCCCUUUGGCACUGCUCCCACCUCCCCACAUCCUCAAUAAACUCCUGCUGA